UAGGACUUCCGGAUACUUGACAGGUAAAUAUAAAUAAACGUGGGAGAGUAAGCGUCCCGUGAUGAGGUUAAAGGUUAACAAGGAAUCGUGCUCAUCUUUAAAAUCGUAUAUGAGGUAAAAAUCAAAAACAAAAAACUAAGUCUUUGCGUUUUCACACACUACUGUAGGCUGUAGAUGCAUGGUGUCACAUUACUCAAUGUCUGAGAACAAGAUUCGAAUGAGGAGAUGAUUGGCUAAUGAUGAGAAUGAAAGGGUUAACAUGAAACUGUUCUAUUAUGGAGGAAGAAGAAACCCAGCAGAAUAAGAAUAAACGUUUUUCACAAAGUACUGACUUGAUUGAGCAGGCCGAGGCGAUACAGGAAUUGUCGCAGUCAGAGUUACUGUUAGCUGUUCGAUCGACCGAUUCCCACACGGAGAACGGUAGCAGCGGUGAUUAUACUGUGGAUGACAUACUGGAGGGUCUAGAAAAUGACGAAUGUGCUGACACCACAGUAUCUGUUAAGAAGGAUGAGGUGAAACCAGUUAUCUUAUCGAGCAAUGGAGAAAAUUCAUCUCUGUAUUGUGAUGCAUGGAGUGCCAAGCCAAGUGAUACGAAGACCUCUCAGACAUCCGGUGACAAAACGAUUCAGUCUCCUCUGAGUGAUGCAGAUACUGCCAUAACGCAACCACAGACAUCCCAAUCUGUGAGUCCAGAAUUACAGCCAGCCCAGGAAGAUGCUGAUGCUGGUAGUGAUAUUUCUGAUAAUUCUUCUAAACCAGGAUCUCCUGGAAAUGUGUUGAAAAUAGUAGAAUCCUGGGAGGGGAAUAUAGAUGAAUAUAACUUUCCAGGAAAGGAGUCGAAAUCCCCUAGUUCUAGAUCAGAGGGCACUAUUGAAUCCCCAAGGUCAGAUUCCUCUUGGGGUCAGUCAGGAACCCUGGGACAUUCCUCUGAUAAAGAGUAUCCAUGGAAACCUCCAGCCCAUAAUAUGGCCCCUCUGCCUCUUCCAGGAAUGGUGAAAUCAAGUAUUUAUUCCUUGGCAAGGAAUAUUAGUCUUGAUCCUAAUUUUGACACUGAAAAUAUUCCAGAAGAAAAUGUGUAUGACUUUGUUGCACCGGUGUCCAAGACAGGGGAGAAGAAACUCAGUCCCUAUGAUCCUCCAUGGUCAGAUGAUUACACAGAUCCCACCAGGAUCGUAAAGGGAAAUAACCCUCUCACAACAGUCAGAGAAGGUCAAGAAACAGCCAGUUGCCACAUUGACCUCACAACAGGAGAGCCUCUUUAUGACACACCCGAAAACUUCAGUGGAAGUUAUGACCAUCUGAAUAUUUUUAAGGACAGGAACCAGUCGGUGAAACUGGAGCAUGCUUAUGGCAUUCACAGUGGUAAAAGUCUGCAGACGUCAACAGAGGAAGGGAAGAAAUACAAAAAGAAAAACAAAGGGAAAGAUAUGAUAAAGAAAAAAGUACGAAUAUCACAAAAACCGCCAAAAACAUAUGAAAUAGAAAAGCAUCCAGAUUUUCAGGGCUCUGGAAAAUAUGAUGAAGUGGCAGAUGAUUGUGAUGAAUUCUAUGACUCUGUGCAUCUCAGGGAGAAUGCAAGAAACCAGCACUCCUCCACAAUGGACAGCACAUUUUCCUGGGGGUCAGACUUCAGCAAAGGUGCAUCUGAGGAGGAAGAAAAUGGGACAAUUGAGUACCCAGACAAACCUCUUCCACCGGUUCCGGACCAAUCCAAACCACAAAGGGGCCCAGAGGAGGAGAGUCCUGUCAAACCAGUCAACAUAAAUCUAGAGAAACACCCUCCCCCCAACCUUCCACCGCCUCCAGAGAAUCUGUCAAAGGAACAGAUUAAAUUCUGCACCCCUGAGUUUUUCAAACCUACAAAACGAGGAGAGAAGAAAGCCCAUGUUGUGAGGAGCAUUAUAGAGAGUGAAAAGUCCUACAUAGAUUCACUCAGUAGAAUUGUCAACGAUUACAAGAGUUCCAUUCUGUUCACCUAUAAUUUGGAUAAGGAGUGUGUUCGGGUGGUUUUCUCAAAGGUCCAGGAAAUUCUCCAUCACCACAUGAUGUUCCAGAUAGAACUAGCAGAGAGUGUGUCAAAAUGGUACACUGAAGAGAAAAUUGGAGGGAUAUUCACGGCAUCAUUUUCCAGAGACAUGGUUGUCAAUGUGUACAGUGCUUACGUAAACAAUUUUCCAAUGGCCAUGGAAGAAAUAAAGGCAGCCCAGAUCUCAAAACCAAACCUAGACGAAUUUCUGAAUAACAUGUCUAAGAAGAGUGUAGACCGGCUGAACCUGUUUGGACUAAUGGUGAAGCCGAUACAAAGGUUUCCUCAGUUCAUCAUGCUCAUCAAGGAUUUGUUAAAGUACACCCCUCACCAUCAUCAUGACAGGUCAUGUCUGCAGUCAGCGCUCACUGAUCUCGAGAAUGUGACUCACAUCCUCAAUGAGCGGAAACGCGAAUCUGAGGAACUCUUCCAGGCUAAAAAGUUACAAAAGGUGCUCAACUUCAAGGUUAUUGGAGAGAGGGAACCACGCCUUGUCCGACAAGAUGAUAUGGAGGAACUGACCCAGGAUAGAGGAAUGCCUGUCAAGAUCAGAAAGCUUUAUCUUCUGGAUAACUGUGUCAUCUGCUGCUCCUUGCAGGGGGCUAAUCAACAGAAAGUCAAGUGGAUGAAGUCUCUCCAGGAAGUAGAAUUAAAGGAUACAGCCAUUACACCUGACAUGCAAAGUAUCAUGAGAGUCAACUCCCACAAACUCAGUAUACACUCAGGGAUCGUCGAUUGUAAGGAGGAUGACAUGUUUAACCUUCAUCGAGACAUCAGCGACAUGAUGCAUGAUAUGACUGUUCUGGGACAAAUCAGCACAUUGGUUAAUACACUCAAACUAUCCUACGAGUGUAUAACAGAGGAAAAAAUCCAGGAGGCUACCACUGACCUACAGGUGAAAAUCCAGGCCAAAGACCAACAGCUGCAGGUCAUCAAUAGCUCUACCAUCACUUUACAGGACCCGAAGUACAGUGGAAAAGAGAGUCGCAACAUAUUUCAGACAUCCUCACCAGAAAUAAAGCAGGAAUGGAGCAUCGACUUUAUUAUAACAAAACUCGCAAUAGACCCCCAGAACAACCCUAGCUGGCACAUGUCCAGUGCCUCUGGUAAAUCCAUCCACCAACCAGCCAUGUAUGUCAAACACAUGUCCCUAGACCUGCCCAAACACUUCACAAAGGUGAAGUGUGCGGUACCUGUUUACCUGUCUAGUAGGACGGGUAACUCCGACAUCAGCAUGCAGCAUCUUUGGGUCGUCACGACCUCAGAAACACGUGCUCAGGUGUCCCUCGUCUCUGUACACACAACUAGACUCGCACUCAUCGAAUCCUUCAAAGCAGCCGACACAGAGAUCGUUGCUGUGGAAACAGUCCCAGCCAUUUCAACCACUGACCAAGAUGAGGCAUUUGUUGAGGACACGGUGUGGAUGUCCACUGAAAAAAGCGAGAUAUUAGUAUAUAGUCUGUUGGACGAAAACGGAGUCAGGAACUUUACGAGUGGUGGACGAAAGCCCCGCAGCAAAUUCUAUUGUCAUGGUGUUGCUGUAGCAAUAAGAUAUGCAGAUGACAGAGUUUUUGUGGGACUCCGGGAUGGGAAACUUUUAAUAUAUGAUAGGGAUGAAACAGAUGGAAAGUGGAAAGUGGAUAGACCUAAUAUAGUGGAGAUAGGCAGCGACAUGCCAAUCUCCUGUAUCAUAGCAAUAGAAGAUGAGAUAUGGGUGGCCUGUGGUGAUACUAUUUAUAUCAUCCCUGUAGAUGAAAAUGAAUUUCAGAGCAGAAAGCAAUAUUUACAGUGGGAUCGACUGAUCUGUGACGGAGAUGCUGUGAUAUCAGAAAUGGUUCGCUCGGGCUGUGGUCUGUGGAUGUCAUUUAAAGACAAAUCUUAUGUCCGCCUAUAUCACUUGGAAACCAAGGAAAACCUUCAAGAGAUUAACAUUGGUUCCACGGUGGACAGAAUGAUGUCUGAGAGCAGAUAUUGUUCUGAGGAGAAAAAUCCCAAAACCACAACAGUGACUAGUUUGAUGGCUAGUCGGGGGUUACUGUGGGUAGGAACAAGCCUAGGUAUUGUGUGUUCCCUCCCUUUACCACGGCUACGAGAUGGGGUUCCCCUAAUCAAGGGCCGACCAGACGUAUCAUUCCACUCUCACAAUGGACCAGUGCAAUUUCUUAUUCCCAUUUAUUGCGGGACUGUAAACUUGUGGCAGAGGGCUCAGGGACUAAACUCCACAGAGUCUGUUGUUUGGAGGGAGAAUGCCACAAGUGUGAAACAGCGAAAAGGUAGCAAGGACUCUGGUGAUGAUGAUGGUCCAGACUCGGGUAAUAAAAGUGAACCGGAAGUAUCUGAAGCCAAAACCAAUAGUCCAAAAAAUAGUGAAACUGAAAAUAACCUUGAAAUGGAAAGUAGUGGCCUUGAUAAAAGGAAAUCAAAAUCUGCUGAAGACUUGAUUUCAAAGUCUCCCAAGGCAGAUUUCUUAUAUUCUGAGAACAUUCAGACCAAGGCUUUAACACUGAGAACAGAGUUAAUGCAAAAAUUAGCCAAAAGAAACAUGGCCACCCCUGACACCAGUUCUCAGGGGGAUGAAAAUGAAAUCAGUAUGUACUAUGGGGAUUUGAUGGGAAAUGAGGAUUUGAAAAGGAAUCCACCAGUGAAACGUGACAUUUCCCCACUGGGAAAUCAAAAAAUUCUCCGAGAGGAAAAACCGGAGACAGAAAAACCCACUAAACUAAAGAAACGAUUUUCAGCUCAGUUCAAAGAGUUCAAGAGAAGUUUUACUAACAGGCAACAUUCUGUGCGUAUCCCUGGUGACGAACGUUCAUCUGCUAUGUACGAAACACUGCGGAGGAGGAACUGUAAUGCGGUGGUAGUAGUCAGUGGAGGGGAUGGCUACAUAGACUGGAGGAGCACCGUUCAGUCACAUAAAAUCCACAGUACUGAGGCUUCCAUGAUGCUGUGGAUCUAUAAAUUCUAACAGACACACCCAAUUUCAAUUUAAGAUUGCUCAAGGUGGGCAACUGCCAAAUUUGUCAAACAACCAGUGAAAGGAUUCCAUCCACCGAACUCAGAUUAACUGUUAUUGAAAUUCUUUACUACAUCUUCACAUGUGCUUGUUCUAGAAUGCCCUUUUUUUCAGUGAGAGCAUAGCUGCUUUAGUGCUCAAAAGAAUUAUCAUGAUAUUUAAAAUUGGUUUUAUAUUUUGAAGCAGAAUACUUUUUGUGAUUAAUUUGUAUUUUUAUACAUAGAAUAUGUAAUUUUAUCUAUUUUCUCCCAUUUCAUUUUAAAGGAAUUUUUAGUUAAUGAGACAUAUUUGAAUGAUAUACAGUGUGUCUCUAUUUUAAAAUCUUUUUUUAUAUACAUUGUAUGUAUUUAUGGAAUGAAAUUCACACUGCAAAUUUCUCAAAUCAUGCAAAUUUUAAAGUAAGAAGCAAACAUUAACAUUUUAGGGUGAAUAGGAACAUUGGUAAAUAAUUCAUAAUUCCAUGACCAUUUCAAUUCUCUCAACCAAAAACCUUUUUUAAAUGAUUCUUUGAGUUUGUGAGUUACACGAGCAUUUUUGAAAUAAAGGAGUAUGAUUAGAUGAAAUGAAGGAGUAUGAUUAGAUGAAAUGCACUUGGUAGGUUAAACAUUGUUUGUAGACAUAGAUUUUUUCCCAGGCUUGAAAAGUAAUAACUGUCACAUGAAAAACGUGAACUAUUGACCUUAACUGCAUUGUACAUAUCAUGAUAUGGCAUCCAUUCAGUACACACAUAUCUCAUUAAGACGUCACAGUGGGAUUAUAUUACAGUGUUUAUCCUUGUGAACAAUGCUGCUGUUGUUGAUAUGAUUGACUGUUUUGUUACUUGUUCAGUCAUAGUUUGCCAAAUGCAAAGUUGUUUCCAUUAACUGUAUUUGUUUUGAUCAGGGUUUCUGACCAUCAGUAAUGAAUGCGUAGAAAUGCUACUUCCUGUAUUUAUUUUGAUCAGGGUUUCUGACCAUCAGUAAUGAAUGCGUAGAAAUGCUACUUCCUGUAUUUAUUUUGAUCAGGGUUUCGGACCAUCAGUAAUGAAUGCGUAGAAAUGCUACUUUUACCCAAAUAAUUCAGAUAAUUGUACAUAGUCAUUUGAAAACAAUAAUUGUGUUUCCAUAAUCAGGAAUUAACUGCUUUAAUAUCAUUUGAUUACAGGCUAGUAUUUAUUAAUAUUUGUGCUAACAUUAUAAAAUGAUUUAAAUAUGUUUGAUUGAUACCAAAAUCACCUAUAUUGUCCUAAUAGCAUGACGUAUUGCAGUUCAUACCCUUAUGUAUUUUCAAAAAUGAAAUUUACUUAUUAGCUCGCCAGGACAACUGUCCAGAGAGCUAUUGUCAUGACCCCAGUGUCGACGUCACACUUUAAGGAAAAAACUUCAACCUGGGCUGUAUCUUUUUAACCAAAGGAGAUAGGGUUUUGAUAUUUCACAUCUAGAUGUCUCAUGAAGAGACCGUUCUUUUUGGUACCAAGACUUGUGAUGUAGUGACCUUGACUUUGAUCUACUUUUCAAAACUUUAACCUGGGCUAUAUUUUUUUAACCAAGGGUGAUUAGGCUUUAAUAUUACCAUAAAGAUGCCUCAUGAAGAGAUGUUUCUUUUGUUACAAAGACUUUUUGAUCUAGAGAACUUUUCUGUUGACCUACUUUUUAAAAACUUUAACCUGGGUUAUAUCUUUUGAACCAAGGGGGAUAGGGCUAUGAUAUUUCACAUAUUGAUGCCUCAUUACAAGGCAUUUCUUUUGGUACCACAACUAUUGACCUCGGACUUCGACGUACUUUUCAAAAACUUUGGCUAUAUCUUUUGAACCAAGGAAGAUGGGGAUUUCAUAUUUAGAUGCCUCAUGACCAGGCCUUUCAUAUGGUAUCAAAACUUUUCAUCUAGUGACCUUGGACUUUGACCUACUUUUCAAAAACUUUAACCUUUUGAACUAAAGGGGAUAGGUUAAGUAGAGUUAUACUUCCCGGCAAGCUAUGUUGUCUUCUGACAGCUCUUAUGUUUAAAUUCCACUGUCUUUUUUUCUUUCGGAAUUUCAAGCCAUUGAAAGAAGCAUACUAUAUUUAUCAAGAUUCAUACAUGCAUAGUUUACACCUACAGUGCAUUCAUGAGGAAAUGGCUAUCAAAUAAAAAAUUUAAAGAUAUUAAAGGCAAAAACAUUAAAAAUUGUAAAUAUUGACUUACAGAUACAAACUUAGUGAUUUUUUGUGCAAUAUUUCUUGUAGAUUUUGAUUCUCUCUGUAUCAGGGACAUAUGUUAUCAUGCUGGUGCAGAACAAAAUGUGAUACAUAUAUUUUUAAAUGUAUUUUUAAACCUAGAACAAAUUUACUGCGUUGUACAGACCAAGUGAUUUAUUCAAGUUCAUAUUUUGUAAACUUUACCCUUACAAUUAAUUUUAUUUGCUGAUAUUUAUUCAUAUGAAGUUUUUGCUGUCUUGUUGAAAUGAAGAAAAAAACACAGAGUACAUUUUCACAUCAUUUUUCUGGUUAUGUAAUGUUUAGAUAGGAAAGGUUUUUUUGUAUGUGUCACAAUGAUUGCAUGAUUAUUGGAUGGAAAUAAAUUUUUAGAAAUUAU